GCCAAUGUACUAACUGCAGUCAUUAGAUAUUGGUGUGUGUGUGUGCGUGUGUGGCACCUGUCGGCUCGUCUUUUUCUUUUCUCUCACGCCGAUACGCGUCUGUGUUACAGACUAAAGCAAUUUGCCUGUCAGUUUCUCUGUGUGUGUGUGUGUGUCGGUAUUUUAUGUGAUUCUACCGUUUGAGGCUUGAUUUUGUUUCGUGAAAUUUUCCUUUUCUGGAUUGGUUGUUGAAUUCAUCAUGAGCGACAAGAAGAAGGUCAAUGUUCGGGUGACGACGAUGGACGCCGAGCUGGAAUGUGCCAUCCAGCCGACGACAACGGGCAAACAGCUGUUUGACCAAGUUGCCAAGACAAUCGGUCUCCGUGAAAUCUGGUUUUUCGGACUCCAGUACACAGACAGCAACAGUUACUCUACGUGGCUAAAGCUCAACAAGAAGGUGCUGAAUCAAGAUGUCAAGAAAGAGAGUCCAUUGCAAUUCAAAUUUCGGGCCAAAUUCUACCCGGAAGAUGUGGUGGAAGAAUUGAUUCAAGACAUCACCGUGCGGCUGUUUUACCUGCAGGUCAAGAAUGCUAUCUUGACCGACGACAUUUAUUGCCCACCCGAGACGUCCGUUCUACUCGCCUCGUACGCCGUUCAAGCCAAAUAUGGAGAUCACGAUAAGGAACUGCACGCUUCCGGUUACCUGGCCAACGACCGCCUCCUUCCGCAACGAGUCAUGGAUCAACAUAAUCUGACGCGGGAACAGUGGGAGGAACGCAUCUCCACCUGGCAUGUCAAGCACGGAGGAAUGCUAAGAGAGGAUGCUAUGAUGGAAUAUCUAAAAGUGGCCCAGGAUUUGGAAAUGUACGGUGUCAAUUAUUUCAAAAUCAAGAACAAGAAGGGCACUCAGUUCUGGCUCGGCGUUGACGCUCUCGGACUCAACAUCUACGAAAAGGAUGACAAAUUGACUCCGAAGAUUAGUUUCCCCUGGUCGGAGAUUCUCGACAUCUCGUUCAAUGAUCUCACAUUUGUCAUUAAACCCAUCGACAAGAAGGCGCCGGAUUUCGUGUUUUUCCCUACGCGUUUGCGCAUCAACAAGCGCAUCUUGGCCUUGUGUAUGGGCAAUCACGAGUUGUACAUGCGCCGACGCAAGCCCGACACGAUGGAAGUGCAACAGAUGAAGGCCCAGGCGCAAGAGGAGCGCCGAUCCAAGAUGAAGGAGCGCGAGAAGUUGCAGCGCGAAAUUCAAGCCCGCGAGAUGGCGAUGCGCAAACAAGAACAAGAAUACGCCGACAGGCUCAAGUCGAUGCAAAAAAAAAUGGAACGCCGGCAACGAUUCACACUCCUCGAAGCGCAGCAGACGAUCCGUCGCUUCGAGGAACAGCUUCGUCAAUUGCAAAAGGCCAACGAAGAGCUUGAAGUGUCGCAAAAGGAGUUGCACAACAUGAUGAAGAGGCUAGAAGAGGCCAAAGAAAUGGAAGUGGCCGAGAAAUUGAAGCUGGAAGAAGAGAUCCGUGCCAAACAGGUCGCGGUCCCGCGCAACGCCGAGGAAGUUCAGCGCAAGGAUGACGAAACGCGUCGUCUGCAAGAAGAGGUGGAAGAAGCCAGGAGGAGGCAAGAGGAGGCGGCCGCUGCCUUGAUUGCUGCAACGACCACCCCACAGCAUCAACACGUCAACGAAGGCGAUCACGAUGAAGGGGAGGAUGAGGAAGAUGGAACUCCGAACGGUGACAUCAGCGCUGGCAAUGACUUGAUAUCAGAGAGCGACAUCAACUCGAUCCGCGAUCCGGUUGAAGACCGGCUCACUCUGGCCGAAAAGAACGAACGUCUCCAGAAUCAGUUGAAGACGUUGAAGAAAGAUUUAGCGGGCACGAAGGACGAGACCAAAGAGACGGCCAUGGACAGGUUGCAUAAAGAGAAUGUCAAGCAGGGUCGCGACAAGUACAAGACGCUGCGGGAGAUCCGCAAAGGCAACACCAAACGGCGUGUCGAUCAGUUUUUCGAUAUGUAACAUGUAUUUGCCGAAACGCAUCGUGUAUAUGAAUUUUGUAAAUAAAAUUGAAUUCGACAGA